UUCCCAAAAAGUGAGAGGGCAGGGAUUCACGCGGUUGAUGUAUAAACGUGCUGGACAGAGGAGAGGGAGAGCUCAGGACACGACCGGAGUGAAUUCACAACUAUUCCACUAGAAACGUGCGCGUUCCGUGCAUCUUCUCCACCGGGCGCCUCCACAGACUUGCGCGUAAAGACGAUCAAUGAAGGAGCGCAGAUCUAUCCAGAAACUGUCCCUACAGCCCGGAAUGGAUCCGAGUCAGAGCGUCAAAUGCAAAAUCGUGGUCGUAGGGGACAGUCAGUGUGGGAAGACCGCUCUGCUCCACGUUUUUGCCAAGGACUGUUUCCCAGAGAAUUAUGUGCCUACCGUGUUUGAGAAUUACACAGCAAGUUUUGAGAUUGACAAACAGAGAAUAGAGCUCAGCUUGUGGGAUACUUCAGGCUCCCCUUAUUAUGACAACGUCAGACCUCUUUCGUAUCCUGACUCGGAUGCCGUCAUCAUAUGCUUCGACAUCAGCCGACCGGAGACUCUGGACAGCGUUUUAAAGAAGUGGAAAGGGGAGAUCCAGGAAUUUUGUCCCAACACGAAAAUGCUGCUCGUCGGAUGCAAGUCGGACCUCAGGACGCACCUCACAACGUUAGUGGAACUGUCCAAUCACAGACAGACGCCCGUGUCGUACGAUCAGGGUUCAGCCAUGGCCAAGCAAAUAUCCGCACCAUACAUCGAAUGCUCCGCGGUGCAGUCGGAAAACAGCGUGCGGGACAUUUUUCACGUGGCUACGUUGGCGUGCGUCAACAAGAACAACAAUAAAAUCAAGCGCAACAAGUCGACACGCUCCACCAAACGCAUCUCGCACAUGCCCGUGGCCGCCGUAGCGACAGACCUGCGCAAGGACAAAGCGAAGAGCUGCACGGUCAUGUAAAACUUGAUCGUGGGGGGGACAGAUGCAUCGUGGGAAUUGGUGAGGGUGGACUGUGACUAACAACAAAGCAGCAGUGGAGAGAGACGGAGCUCAAGUUACGGAGAUCCGCUUCCUUGCAAACGUAGAAUCACGGCCCCACCCACCCCUUCUAUCCACUCAGCAGGAGGAUGUCACCACCCUCUCGGCCAAUGGGAGCCCUUCCUUCCGGCUCCUGGAAGCGAAACCGCUUCCUCUCCAGAGGGUUCCUCAUGGAAGCUCAACGGACUUUGCCUGCAGGAAGGACUGGAGGAAGUUACAUUGCAUAACCAUUGAAUCCAGAUUUCCGCUGAACUUCAGCGCACUGCUAUUUUUAAAACAGUUUUUAAGAAGAUGCACUCGUGUUUUGGUUUCGAUCACCGUACGGACUUGAAAAACAGAACGGAGAGUGAAGAAGGUCGCUUCCAAGACUACUAAAUCUGCGGAUUAUGAGGAAAUGAAGCGAAACAAUGUGGUUACACAGCGCUUCCUUCCUACGUUUCUAUUUCAUUCCUUCUGUAUACCGAGUGCACGAGUUUGUGUGCGUGGUUUUCGUUUCCGUAUGCUAAGCUCAGCUCAAACUGUCUCCAUGGAUACAUCGCUGAUAUAUUUGACCCCGUUUGCUGCAUAACUCCUCAUAAACACUGUUGGUUAGGAUUCAUAAAGUAAAGAAACCAAAGAACUGGAAGACGAAUACUUUUAAGACGGAUGACCUGAUGGUCUAGAAUGCAUGAUGGAUGAGUGUUGUAGAUGGAUUUUGGUGGAUCAAUAAACGUUUCUUCCACAGUUCUGUAAGACCAAGAAACGUGACCUUUGAGAUUUGAUCAGAUUUGAAAUUCGAUUGAUGCUGUGCGAACAGUGUAAAGCGACUGUUCACUUAAAAAUAAAAAUGUCUUUAUCAUCUAUUUAACCUCAUGUGGUUCAAAACCUCUCGAUAUCACUCUUUCAUCUGUGGAACACAAAAGAAUAUAUUUUGAGAAAUGUUUAAGUGGUUUUGUGUCAUGCAGUGGAAGUCAGUUGAAACCAAUGUUCUUGUUACUUGUUCGAAAUGUUAAAUCGUGUUUUUCUGUCCUCUCUCGACUCAACUAUGCAGUUCAAUCUCUGCUCCAAAACACAUGCAGAGAGGAUAAAAAAACGAGCAUUGCACAAAAUGUAAAUAAAGUGUGUUACGGAUCAAAACAUUGUCUUGCAGAGCUUUGGGAGAAUGGUCGUUCCACCGUUUUAUCGUAAAAAAAUGAGCAGCGGGAUCCUCGAAAAAGAGGAAUUCUCGAUUUUCAGAUGUGUGAAGCUAGCUGCAGAGGCUGCAUGUUUGUAGUUGCACUUUUUAUUUCGAACUUUCGCAAAGCAAACGAAAAGCUGUUUUAUUUUUACAUUCAUGUGUUUUUAUGGGUCGGAGAGAAAUUGCUUGACUGUUUUACAAAAUGCGUUUUGACAUAGGCAGUAUUAAACAACUGUUGUGUGUGUAAAUGUUGAGAAAUGUGUAGGUGCUAGAAUGUCAUUUUUAUGCUUUCUGUGUCUUAAGGUCCAUUUAAGUCUGUUUUGUUGAUGUUGACAUAUUUAUUGAAUUAUAUAUUUUUUCUCUUUAAAAUAAAUGAAGAAUUAAUGCGGAAUAAUCUUUUCAACA